CUGCAAACUUACUCAUUUAGUAGCCGGUGGGGUCAGUCUUCACCGUGUCUCCUUGGUAACUUGCUAAGUUGUUGCUAGGUUACCACACCGGAGGACUCUUUUAUGAACGUUUAUUUACGUUUUCAGCGGUAUUUUGGGUGUACUUGUUUUUAUCACUUUUGAACACCGGGGUAACAGUUUCUGCUCCAGGCAGCCCCGCCCACAAGUACUGCUCCGUGAGCCAAAGCGAAUGCACCUAGGCGCGCAUGCGCAGUGGUUCAUAACAAUGUGGCGGUCCUUACUACACUUAAAGCGGCGACCCUACGUUUUAACCUCUAAAGGAGUGUGUGUCCACCGCCUGCGCUGCAGCAGCAGCAGCAGUGUUGAGUCCUCCUCUAUCAGCUAUGAUGGGCUGUAUCCGGGACACAUCCAGACCACCCCGGUCCAGAAGGCCUUGCUGGCUGUCGGCUCAGGCGUGGCAGCGCUGCAGAACCCCUACAGACACGACAUGGUCGCCGUUCUCGGGGAAACGACGGGGCACCUGGCGCUGACGGCCCUCCGGGACCGGAUGAGAGACGACCCAGAGGGCUACGCCGUCCUGACAGAGAGGCCAAGGAUCCGCCUGUCCACGCUCGACCUCACCAAGAUGGCGGCGCUGCCAGACGGCUCCUUCGGGAGGGAGUACCUGCGUUUCCUGGAAGAAAACAACGUGACGCCCGACUCCAGAGCCGACGUGAGGUUUGUGGACGACGAGGAGCUGGCCUACGUGAUGCAGCGGUACCGGGAGGUGCACGACCUGCUGCACACGCUGCUGGGCAUGCCCACCAACAUGCUGGGUGAGGUGGCGGUGAAGUGGUUCGAGGCGGCGCAGACGGGGCUUCCCAUGUGCGCGCUCGGCGCCGCGCUGGGGCCGCUGCGGCUCAACGCCAGCCGGCUGCAGACCCUGCUCACCUCGCUGGGGCCCUGGGCCCUGCGGAGCGGCCGGCAGGCCCGCUGCGUCCUCAGCGUCUUCUACGAGCGGCGCUGGGAGCAGAACACGGAGGAGCUGCGAGAGGAGCUCCGCAUCCCGCCGCCGCCCGCCUCGCUCGCCAGGAGGAGCAGCUGAGGGGCCGGCGCCGGCUGAGGAGGCGUCCCGAUGCCCCAGAGCGACCGGUGACGGCGGCGAUCCGCCGUCUGGUUCUUUCCUCCGGUCUGGUUCUACAGACUGAACUCUGUUCUCUUCUUUUCUUUACUGGAAUGGAAAUAAAUGUCUGUUGUGUUCUGAA